AUGUUCAAAGCUGUCGCCAAGGAGAGCGCGACGGAUUCUGCUGGUUUCAACUAUAUUCAAGGAAACCUGAAGGCUGGCGAGGCAGUAUGCCUGAGCGGCGAGGUGGAAGAUGUCUUGAAUGUCUAUAAAAAGAAAGGGCGGGGAGUAAAACCUCAGCAAAGGGUUAUGGAUUAUGGGUACACUAAACUUGAGACUGGGUUUGGAAAUUGCAAAGAGAAGGGAUACAAUACCUGCGCUGGGUUGAGAAACGGCGCGAAAGCUCGGGACAAGGGUGACGUUAGGAGAGUGUUUGGCUGGACGAGCCGGGUUGGUGACGGCAAGCGUGUGGGACAGCUGUUGGACAAAGCGUAUGUUGAUGGUAUUAUAUACGGCUUCGCGGUAACGAGAUAUUAUGAUCAUGAAGAUAGCAGGGCGGCUGCCAGAGACAUCACUCAGCGUGUCCAAAAGAGUGACGACCGAUAUAUGGCCACUGGUGCUGACAAGCCCUGGUGA